CUCUUUGCUUCCGAGGCAAGAGACGUGACGAAACAAGAGACCUCCUGAGCAGACGCACAGCAUGCAUCAUGAACAUUGCCCAAUCCUCGACCUCUGACCCUCCAUCGAUCGACAAUCGCACUGCAAAGGACACGCAUUGAUCUGCGCAGACAGCUGAUCGGGCGAAAACCGACCUGUCACCAAGUGAUGCUCACUUCACUUCACGAUAUGACCGUAAUGGGGGGAUUUUCUCCCUUCAAAAUAAAUGAUAAAAUGAGACGAGAGACGCAACCGCACCUUUGAAAGCCUGCCAGACUUCGAGCUCGAAUCGAGACUCAAGUGCUUCUCCUCUUACCCACCCCUCCACCGGCCUUCUGUGUCUACCUUCGAAACAUGCGUUCCCUCUAUCGUCUCUAUUGCUUGUUGGCACCACUCUCCUUCUUGCUCAUUGCUCAGAUCGCACUAUGUCAGAAUUACGGCCCUCGAUUUCGCUUUGACAACCAGGACAACGGAAAUGGCGAGGACCUGCCCGAAACCCCCCAACAGCGACAGAAUGAUCUUCAUUGGGGUUUUCACGAGGCGCUGAUGCUGGCCAGAAUGGUGUCGGUAACCUUCAACCCUUGCGAGCCGGUCUUUCUCCGCUAUUUCAAACGAGCCGACGCGGAUUUCGUCAGGGACGUCUUCUACACAAUUGCCAACAUCCCGCUCGGGGGCCUUCCACCGAAUCUGCAAGAUUUCAACGCAUUCAACCAAUUCGUCUCCGGCUUCGGACAGAACGCAGUCAAUCCCAAAUUCGACCAGCUGUCGAUAUCGAUCAAUGACAACAGUGCAAUUGGUGAAUACACCCCAUUGUGUGCGACUGUCCCGGGCUUCCAGGCAUACUUCGACCAGAAAUACGACACACUGGGAGACCUGGGCUUCAUAUCUGUCUGCGAUUACGCCUUCAAUUUCCCGUCCCUUGCCGACAUCGAGAACCCGCCAAGCUGGGCCAGAGAUCCGACGACGGGGGCUCCCGAACCGGGCUUUGGGUGUGACGGUCUGCUUGAUCACGACAACGACUACAUGCUGAGCCUCAGUGGGAUCAUGCUGCAUGAGAUUUUCCAUUGGCCCUAUCUCCUGCGGGACAUUCCGGGCUAUGACACCUACAUUUCCCUGUACCAAGAUGACCAGCUCGCAAUUCAGGACUGGGACGGGCCAUUCCCAACGGACGGUUAUGGCCCCUAUCACGCCAUGCAAAUCAACAACCUCCAACCACAGCAAUCAUCCUCGGGGUGGCCAUCCUUGAAUAACGCCGACAGUUAUCUCUACUACGCUCUGUCGAAGUGGUGGCAAUUUAAGUGCCGACGAACAUUUGGUCCUGCAGUCGAUGAGGACGAUGGUCACCGGCGCGAGUAUCCGCGGUAUUGAUCGGGCUGACCCUACAGUCACGAAAAGCCAUCCUUUGUCCACGAAACAGCCAAUAACAUAGAUGAGUGCACUUUCCCUAUCGAGUUACACAGGAAUCCCGGAACUUGAUCCAUGUUAUGUGGAAGGCCGGUUGAGACUGAAUGCUGCUCGUCGCCUCUGGAUGCUCAAAAGAGGCCACCAUUCUGUUCUCAGACCUGUGGCGGGCUGAUUACCAGUUGCGAGUGUGCUUCAGCUAACCACAGUUGAUUGUCCCGGUGCGGCCCUCGUCCACAUAUGGGAGAAUGAUUCUCAAUACCUUGUGACCUACAUAGAUGGGGUGGAUGCAAUACACAAGC